UAUCCAGCACAAAUGAUUUAUCAAAAAAUAAGUUUUCCAUUUUUAUAAGUUCAACGCUGUGGUUCACAAAGCCCAACCAACAAAGUCCAGCCAAAGUGGCCAGCAACGCGCGCCGAUUGCAUCCGGGUGGCAACUCUGGCAGCUGCGAAAGAUUGCAAAAGCAAAACGAAGAGAACGCAGCGCAGCCGAAAAAAAUUGAAGCAGCACUGCACGCGAUAUAUUUUGUAUUUUCAAAGGUUAAAGCCGCAUUCAAAGGCAUCCGCCGAGCGCAAACGAAGUGCAAAAGUGCCGGCCAGCCGCAACAUUUAGCAGCCGCAAAGCAAAAGACUGAUUUGAUUACAAGGAAUUAGGAGCAGGAACGCGAGGAUUCUGCACUGCACACUGAAUUGAACCCUAGAUAACACGGCAAACUGCAGUCGACGGGGAAAAGUCGGGAGUUGAAGGCUGGGCAGCAGCAGCAUCUUCAGGAGGGACGGACGGCGAAGAACCACCAAAACAAAGCAGAAAAACCAGGAGCCACUGCGCCCAGCAACAUGGAAGAUCUUCUCGUGGAAGUUCGGCUCGAUAAUGGCGCCUACUACAAGGGCCAGGUGACAGCUGUCGGGGAUGAUGGCAUCUUUGUGGAUGUGGAUGGCGUGCCCGAGGUGAUGAAAUAUCCAUUUGUGAACGUUCGCCUGCCGCCCGAGGAAACCGUCGAGGUGGCCGCCCCCAUUUUCGAGGAGGGCAUGGAGGUGGAGGUGUUCACGCGCACGAACGAGCGUGAAACCUGCGGCUGGUGGGUGGCCAUGAUCAAAAUGCUCAAAGCGGACAUCUGUGCGGUCGCGUACAUCGGUUUCGAGACGCCCUACACCGAAAUCUGCGAACUGGGCCGUCUGCGCGCCAAAAACUCGAAUCCGCCAAUUACAGCCAAGUCCUUCUAUCAGUUCACGCUGCCCGUUCCCGAGGAGUUGCGCGAAGAAGCCCAAAAGGAUGGCAUACACAAGGAGUUUCAGCGCAGAAUCGAUGCCGGCGUCUGCAACUACAGCCGCGAUCUGGACGCCCUGAUCGUCAUCUCCAAGUGGGAGCACACUCAGAAGCGCGCCAGCAUGCUCAAGGAUAUGCAUUUUCGUAAUCUCUCACAGAAGGUUAUGCUGUUGAAAAGGACUGAAGAAGCUGCCCGCCAGCUCGAAACGACUAAACUGAUGAGCCGUGGAAACUACGUUGAGGAGUUCCGUGUGCGUGACGAUCUCAUGGGCUUGGCCAUCGGCUCGCAUGGCUCGAAUAUUCAGGCGGCACGCAUGCUGGUCGGCGUCACCAACAUCGAGCUGGAGGAGAAGUCCUGCACAUUCAAGAUCAGCGGCGAGACCGCGGAGUCGGUGCAGCUGGCCCGCGCGAUGCUCGAAUACGCCGAGGAGUUCUUCCAGGUGCCCAGGGAACUGGUGGGCAAGGUGAUCGGCAAGAAUGGACGCAUCAUCCAGGAGAUUGUCGACAAGAGUGGCGUGUUUCGAAUCAAGGUGAGUGCUAUCGCUGGCGAUGACGAGCAGGAUCAAAACAUCCCACGCGAACCUGCGCACGUACCCUUUGUGUUCAUUGGCACCGUGGAGAGCAUUGCGAACGCCAAAGUGCUGUUGGAGUAUCAUCUCUCGCAUCUGAAGGAAGUGGAACAGUUGCGCCAGGAGAAACUGGAGAUCGACCAGCAGCUGCGCGCCAUACAGGAAUCCUCGAUGGGCUCCACACAGAGCUUCCCAGUGACGCGGCGCUCGGAGCGCGGCUACAGCAGCGACAUCGAGUCGGUGCGUUCCAUGCGCGGCGGCGGCGGUGGUCAGCGUGGCCGGGGACGCGGUCGCGGUGGCGGCGGUCCCGGUGGCGGCAACGGGCUGAACCAGCGCUACCACAACAAUCGCCGCGACGAGGACGACUACAACUCGCGUGGCGAUCACCAGCGCGACCAGCAGCAGCGCGGCGGCUACAACGAUCGCGGCAGCGGCGACAACAGUGGCAACUAUCGCGGCGGAGGCGGCGGUGCCGGCAACAACAGGCGCGGUGGCGUCAACCGCCGGCCGCCACGCAACGAGCAGCAGAAUGGCCGGGACUAUCAGCACCACAACCACACCUCCGAGGAGGUGCGAGAGACCCGUGAAGUGAGCAGCGUGGAGAGAGCGGACAGUAACUCGUCGUACGAGGGCAGCUCGCGGAGGCGCAGAAGGCAGAAGAACAACAAUGGGCCAAGUAACACAAACGGAGCUGUUGCCAACAACAACAACAAACCCCAGUCGGCGCAGCAGCCGCAACAGCAGCAGCAGCAACAACAACAGCCACCGGCGCCUGUGAACAAGGCGGCACUGAAUGCCGGGGAUGCCAGCAAACAGAACAGCGGCAAUGUGAACGCCGCUGGCGGUGCGAGCAAGCCGAAGGAUGCCUCACGCAACGGCGACAAGCAACAGCAGCAGCAGCAGCAGGCGGGCACACAGCAGCAGCAACCGUCGCAGGUGCAGCAGCAACAACAGCAGGUGCCACAGCAGCAACAGCAGCAGCCGAAACCGCGACGUAACAACAAGAAUCGCAGCAACAACCACACGGACCAGCCAGCCGGACAGCAGCAGCAGCAGCUGACGGAGAACGUAAAAAAAGAGGGCCUGGUCAAUGGCACGUCCUAAGCCAAGUGAGAAACGUGGGGAAAAAGCGGUAGAAGCAGUAACAGCAGCAGCAACUAACAGAUGCGAAGAACAACAUGAACACAAAUUGCACAUCGUUCAACGGAGUAACAAUGUUGUAUGCGCAGCGGGGGCAGCUUAAUAUAUUCAUCCUUAUUGCGUUGAAUGUGUAGCCGCCACACAACACAACCAACAACAAGAACCACAACCACAACAACAACAACAACAACCACACAUCCAAACAACAGCAGACACUAGAACAACAACAUCAGCCAACAAAAUAGCAGUCACUAACAAAUUGUUUGAGAAACUAUAUGAGUAACUAAAAAAAAGGAAACGAAAAAUUAAAAUACAUGAAAUAUGUAACAAAUGUAAAAGCAUAUACUAACACACACACACAAAGGUACACUCACACACACAGAAAAGUUCGAAUUAUACACAAAAAGAAAAAGAGGAAUAAAAGAAACUUCAUGCCUAGGCUUAUAAUUUGAAUUGAAACUAAAAAAAGCUUCAAUAACAAUCAAAAUGAAUUAUAUUUAUGUAUAAAACAAAUUCAAAGGCAAUUAUUAACAAGCAAAAAACAGAAAACGAACGAAUCGAAAGGGAAACAUUGAAUUUGUAAACUAAAACUUUAACUCUAAUUCGGGCAAUUAGCGUAGUUUUUCGAAAGGAAAAUCUAAAGAAAACUGACGGAACGGGCGCUUCUAAAGCGCCCUUUGCGUCGACUUGAAAAGUUUCUAGUUAUAUAUGCAUAUUAUAAUAAAACGAGUAUAAUAUAAUUGCAUUUUUUUGUUUUGGUUAAAUUAAUUUUAGUUGAGUCAGUCAUGUGUUUUUUGUGUAUAAUUCGUGCAUGCAACAACUUAAUCGCCAAGAAGGUUUUUUUCAAUUUUACCAUCAUUUUUUUGUAUUAUUAUUGUUUAGUUUACCAUUGUAAAUGCCAGGGCGCGUUUGGAAGUUGCUUUAAAAAUUUCAACAAAGUAAACGAACGCGACUCCAGACAAAAACCCAAAACAAACACGUUGAACUACUAGUUCGUCUUGGGCUUUUGCAGCGUUUGAUUGUUUAUUUUGUUUGUUACAACAUGGAAAUCCUCUCUUACUUGUAUAAUGUUGUAUUUAUUUACUAUUAUUAACACAUACCCACACUCACCCGCAUACCCCAUCAAAAUACACGAAUAUCAACUCUAUCACACACACACACGCUCGCUCAUACAAACAAGAAGGGAAACGCAUUGAAUUUGAUUUUGUUUUAUAAAUAUAUAAUUUACUUCGCCAAACCUA